UUUCCACCAAAACCUAAAAAAAACCAUUGUCAGCUUUAUUUAAUCGCAAAUGCAUCAACAUCGUAGCACCCCAAACGUAAUCCAAUCUGCGUCCUCCACUCACUACUCACUUCUUCUUCGCCUGCACCCACCAUACACCUCUGUCCCUCUCACCAAAAAACAUGACAAGGCCAAAGAUUUACCUCUUUGGUGAUUCGAUCACCGAAGACUCUUUCUCACCAGGUGGAUGGGGGGCUUCUCUCGCCCACCAUUUCGCUCGCACGGCUGAUGUUGUUCUGAGAGGUUACAGCGGCUACAACACGCGGUGGGCGUUGAAGGUGUUGGAGAGGGUUUUCCCGGCGUCACAGGUCGGUGACGGUGGAACAGUGACAGCGCCGAUUGCUGUGACGGUUUUCUUUGGGGCCAACGACGCUUGCCUUCCUGAUAGAUGUUCUGCUUUUCAGCACGUGCCUCUCCAUGAAUACAAGCGGAACCUUCACUCCAUUGUUUCCUUCUUCAAGAAGCGAUGGCCCACAACUUUGGUGCUCCUCAUAACUCCUCCUCCAAUCGAUGAGGAAUUACGUUGUAGACAUCCGUAUGUAGAAAAUCCACAGGGUCUUUCUGAAAGGACAAAUGAAGCAGCUGGUGAGUAUGCUAGAGCAUGCAUUGCGGUGGCUGGAGAAUGUGGAAUACCUGUGGUUGAUCUCUGGAACAAAAUGCAACACCGGAAAAAAGAUUAUCUAAGUGAUGGUUUGCAUCUCACUGAAAGUGGCAAUGAUGUUGUUUUUGAGGAAGUAAUAAAAAAGCUAAGAGACGAAGGGUUGAGUCAGGAAUCUAUACCAGUUGAUCUCCCACUUAUUGCUGAUAUUGACCCUAAUGACCCCCUGAAGGCAUUUCUGGAGUAACAGAAUGAUGUAUUACAGAAGGGUUAUGGUGCUUUUGUUGUCAUGGAAAGAUGUGUUAGUACAGUAUCACCCAUACUAUUUUGAUCGUCCUUUUGUUGUAGCUAUUCUCUGUUGGAUAAUGUCUACUGUUGCCGUGUCAGAUGUCUUUUUUUCUUUUUUAUGUAGGGGUUUUUCAUUUUCUUGGCUUGUAUGUGAAUGACCGAAUAUAUAUCAAGUGUUUUUAUAAUGCUGGAUA